AUGCCUGUGCCAGUCACCGUCAAGGAGGCUGUCAAGGACAGUCUCCUUGGCACCGAGGAGACCACGGCUCUCUCAGCCAAGAACAAGGCAACCUUUCUCGGCGUAGCCACCAAGGAUGCCGAGACUGGCGAGCUGUACAUGACUGAACAGCAGUUCAUCCAUGCAGUUGCUCCCGCCGACGAAGAUUAUGCCAAGAUCAAGCGUGAGCAAUAUGGUCUCCUGUUUCACGUCGCCGAUCGCAAGGGCUCUGGCCGCGUGAGCCUCGCCGACUGGGCCACGUUCAACAACCUCCUUUUCAAGGCCGACGCCGAGUACGAGAUCGCUUUCCGUCUCUUCGACACCGAACGCACAGGUACCGUCACGUACGACAACUUCCGCAAGCUCUAUGAGGCAAACAAGGGCCCAGACAGCAUUCCCUUUGACUGGGACUGCCAGUGGGCAAAGCUGUACAUUGGCGACAAGACCCGCCGCCACAAUCUUACCUACCACGAGUUUUCGCAGAUGCUUCGUGGUCUGCAAGGUGAGAGAAUUCGCCAGGCUUUCCUGCUAUUCGACAAGGACGGUGAUGGCUACAUUGAGCCCGAGGACUUUGAGCGAAUCAUUCGUGAGACUUCCAAGCACAAGCUUUCCGACCACGUCGUCGAGAACUUGUCUACCCUGUGCAACAUCUCCCUCGGCAGCAGAGUGUCCUAUGCGAACGUCCGAGCCUUCCAGAACAUGAUUAAGGAGAUGGAUCUGGUAGAGCUCAUCAUUCGCAAGGCCUGCCAAAAGAGCUUCGAUGGCAAGAUCACCAAGACUGAAUUCCUCAACGAGGCUGCCAAGAUCACCCGUUUCUCUCUGUUCACACCGAUGGAGGCCGAUAUUCUUUUCCAUUUCGCCAGUCUUGAUGAGCCUUCGGGCCGUCUCAGCCUGCUGGAUUUCGCCAAAGUCCUGGACCCUACCUGGAGAAACCGUGGUUAUGGAGUCGAGACUGCCGCCAGCUCCGUUGGCCAGACUGCAACAGGAGCCGCCCUCAGACAGGCUGCUGAGUCCGGUUAUCACUUCCUCUUGGGUUCCGUUGCUGGUGCCUUUGGUGCCUUCAUGGUCUAUCCCAUCGAUCUUGUCAAGACUCGCAUGCAGAACCAGCGAGGUGCCAAUCCCGGUCAGCGCCUCUACAACAACUCCAUCGACUGCUUUAGGAAGGUCAUUGCCAAUGAGGGUUUCAAGGGCCUUUACUCUGGAGUCUUGCCUCAGCUGGUUGGUGUUGCACCCGAGAAGGCCAUCAAACUUACCGUGAACGAUUUGGUCCGCAGCGCAUUCACCGACAAGAAGACUGGCUCCAUCUGGACCGGACACGAAAUCUUGGCUGGUGGCACGGCUGGUGCUUGCCAAGUCGUCUUCACAAACCCUCUCGAGAUUGUCAAAAUUCGCCUGCAGGUUCAGGGAGAGGUUGCCAAGGCUGCAGGUGCUGAACGCCGCUCCGCCAUGUGGAUUGUUAAGAACCUCGGACUGGCAGGUCUCUAUAAAGGUGCUAGUGCCUGCUUGCUCAGAGAUGUCCCCUUCUCGGCAAUCUACUUCCCGACCUACAGCCACUUGAAGAGGGAUCUCUUCGGUGAGUCGCAGACCAAGAAGCUUGGUGUCCUCCAACUGCUCACAGCCGGUGCCAUCGCUGGUAUGCCUGCUGCCUACCUGACAACUCCUUGUGAUGUCAUCAAGACCCGUUUGCAGGUCGAGGCCCGCAAGGGUGACACCAAUUACACCGGCCUGCGGCACGCCGCUCAGAGUAUCUGGAAGGAGGAGGGCUUCCGAGCUUUCUUCAAGGGUGGCCCUGCUCGUAUCUUCCGUUCCUCUCCUCAGUUCGGUUUCACACUUGCAGGCUACGAAGUCCUGCAAAGUCUGCUGCCACUCCCUGGAAGCAAGAAAGCCGAGCAAGUUCACACUGGUGUUGCUGAUGUCGUGUCAUCAGUCAUAGAGAAGGAUGUCGCUUCCCCACACGCCCGCAGCCGUAACGCUCUGAAGAUCAUCCUUGACCUGGAUGAGAACUUCGGCCGUGUCAAGGUUCUUGAUGAGCAGGCCUGGAAGAAGGUCCCCGCCCUCUUCGGUGGAGGUGCCAAGUCGUCCUAA